CGGCUCUCUGCGGGGUGAGUAGGUCGCGUCCCCGGGCGGUGGGCGCUGCACUCGGCGCCUUCUGGGCUCUCGCGUCCGCGCUCCUGCAGGAUCGGGCGGGAGGCCAGCUCUACCCUUUAGACUGGCUCUCGGGGGUUUUCUGCCCCAUUCCUUGAUUUCGCCAACAGCCCUAAACUGUUUGCCUGUUCAACCUGUGAACGAGGGAAUAAAGAUGGGAGCCAGGCCGUGACUGUACAGGCUGCUCAAGGGAGGUGGACCUGUGGACCAAGAAGAGAAACCUCUUGAACGUCUCCGAGAGAAAGUUUCAAGCAGAAUCCCAAUCAGAGUGUGGGGAGGAGAAGGGAGGAAGUGGACCACCAUAUCUGGGAACUACAGUCUACACUCAGAACUACAAACGAGAGAGACAUUAAAGACCUGCCCUGCCAGCAACUUGGAAGAUGGACUUUUCCAUGGGUGCUGGAGCUGCAGCUUACAAUGAAAAAUCAGAGACUGAUACUUUCAGAGAAAACUAUAGUUGCCAAAUUCCCAUUAAGCACCAUGACUUCAACAUUUUAAAAAAUAAUGAGAGUGUGCUGCAUGAAGUCCUCCAGAAUAAGUUUGGCUGUAUCUCUACCCUGGUCUCUCCAGCCCUGGAAGUCACCAGCAAAUCUCUGCAAGUGUUUAGAAAAAAGCUGACUCCUAGGCUAGAGUUAUCUGUCUGGAAGGAUGACCUCACCACACAUGUUGUUGAUGCUGUGGUGAAUGCAGCUAAUGAAAACCUUCUACAUGGGGGAGGCCUGGCCGGGGCCCUGGUGAAAGUUGGUGGCAUUGAAAUCCAAGAAGAGAGCAGAAAAUUUAUUUCCAGAAAUGGGAAAUUAUCAGUUGGUGAGAUAGCUGUCACUGGGUCAGGGAAGCUUCCCUGCAAAGAGAUCAUCCAUGCUGUUGGGCCCAUGUGGGGGGAAAUGGAUCCAGAGGGAUGUAUACAAAAGCUGCAGAUGGCCAUUACAAAUAUUCUGGAUUAUGUCACGUAUACAAAUACUUCCAUUGAGACAGUAGCAAUUCCAGCUGUGAGCUCUGGGAUUUUCAGGUUCCCUCUGGACUUAUGUACACAGAUCAUUGUAAAUACUAUCCGGUUUAAUUUGUAUAACAAGCAAAUGGUCGGUAAUUUGAAAGAAAUUCACUUGGUGAGCAAUGAGGAUCCUACUGUUGCUGCCUUUAAACGUGCUUCAGAACUCAUCUUAGGGAAAAAUGAGCUGGAACCCUGGAUGAAUCAAGAAGCCGCCCAUCCUUCUGAUAGAAUGGUCGUGAACAAUAUGACUCUCCAGGUUGUCCAGGGCCAUAUUGAAUGGCAAUUGACAGAAGUGAUUGUUAAUUCUAUGGACCCAUUUAAUAGUAGACAAGGACCUGUGUCAGACUCAAUUGUACAACAAGCAGGAUUUGAAAUGAGAUUGGAAUUAAACAAAAAGAUUACAUCACUGCAUACUACAUCACUGCAAAAUUUCCCGUAUGUAGUGGUCACUAAAGGAUUUAACUUGUCCUGUCAAUAUGUAUAUCAUGUACUGUGGCAUUCAGCAGAUUCUACACAUCUGAGAAAUGCUAUGAGCAAGUGUUUGGAAAAAUGCCUUGAGGAAAAUAUAACUUCCAUUUCCUUUCCUGCCCUUGGCACUGGAGGCAUGGGCAUACCGAAGGAAAUAGCAGCACGGACUAUGUUUGAGGAAGUUUUAAGAUUUGCCAAACACUAUUCAAAAAACCAAUUAACUGUAAAGUUUGUGAUCUUUCCAACAGAACUAGAUCUAUAUAAGGUUUUCUGUACUGAAAUCACAAAGAAGUCCAAGAUACUAAAUCACAUCCCCCAGUCGACCAGAGAGGAAAAGAGAGAAAAUGGGCUUGAAGCUCGAUCUCCCGUCAUCAAUCUGAUGAGCUGCAACAAGGAAGAGAUGCAUGAGGCUGAGGCAUGGAUCCAAAGAAUAUUGACCCUCCAGGACCACCACCACAUUGAGAAUAAUCAUAUUCUGUACUUUGGGGAAAAGGAACAUGACCUUUUGGCUCAGCUUCAGAAAACUUCAGAUGUCUCCAUCUCAGAGUAUACCAGUCUGGAAAAGGCAAGGUUAGAGAUUAAAGGAGCGCAGGCUGACCUCAUUGAAGUGGUUUUGUCCAUUGAACAUAUGCUGUGCAAAGUUCAGGAGGAAGUGGCAAGGAAAAAUGAGCAAAGCCUUUGGAGCAUGGCGGGAGAACGGACUUAUCAGCAACCAAAACGCCAGGAUGAAAUGAAAGAAGAGAAUGUCAUAUUUUUUCAGAAAUAUGUAGUGUCUGCAACUCAAGAAAUUCAGGAUCAAAAGAAACAGUUUGAAGAAUAUGGUUUGAGGGUUAUAAAGGUAGAGAAGAUAGACAAUGAGGUUCUCAAGGCUGCCUUCCAAAGGAAGAAGAAAAUGAUGGAAGGGAGACCACAUAAGAACCCCAUGAGCCACAGACUGUUUCACCAGGUCCCAUACCAGUUCUGCAAUGUGGUGUGCAGAGUUGGCUUUCAAAGGAUAUACUCGGAGCCCUGUGACCUCAAAUAUGGAGUUGGCAUAUACUUCACCAAGAACCUCAAAAACCUAGCAGACAAGGUCAAGAAAACCUCUGCCACAAAUAAGCUGAUCUAUGUGUUUGAGGCUGAAGUACUCACAGGCUCCUUUUGCCAGGGUCAGAAGUCAAAUAUUGUCCCCCCACCAUUGAGUCCUGGAGCCAUAGAUAUUCAUGACAGUGUGGUUGACAAUGUCUCAAGCCCUGAAACCUUUGUUAUUUUUAAUGGCAUACAGGCAAUUCCCCGAUAUUUGUGGACUUGUAUGCAGGAUCUUGUUGGGUUACAAGAUAACUCACUGGGACCAAUGACGCUUUCCCAGAAGCCUUGGGGGAGAUUCACAGAUGGAAGCUCUGUUGAUUAAUCCCUAUGUCAUUGUAAUAACUGGUAUGGCCUUACUUUGGGGGAACUAAUCACAUAAUGACCGUCAGUGAUUCAAAAAGUGGUUUGAAUAUGUCAAAUAGGUUAUCUGUAUGGAUUGACUGAGUUAUUGAAGGAACCAGCCACACACUAGUACCUUAGUGCCUUCAUUUGUGUUUUUAAUCUCUUGGAGUUGGGGUGAGUAAUUACCAACUUAAACACUCUCAGGACUGUUCCUUCUCCUUGCAGCUAUUCUUUCACCUCCUUUGCUAUAGUUAACAGCAAAAAUGUUUUACAUGUAAUGGGAUUUUUCUAUUAUAUAGUCUAAGCCCUUCAUUUUCUAAAAUCAUGAGCGUGUAAACUAUUAGGACAGCAGAAUGAUUUUAGAUUUUCCAGAGAAUCUUAUAAAGUGCUUUAGAUAAUCAAAAUAAAUAACCUUUGUCUGAGUUAUGGGCUCUGAAACAUAUCUUGAGAUUAUUGAAAUAAUUUGAAGUAGAAGGACAUCAAAUGUUGAUAAUCUGUUUGGAUUCACCCAUAUCCAGCAAUGCCACUUAAGCACCAUGAGGCCAAAUUAUUAAUUCACCAAAUAUUUACUGACCACCAGAUGUGUCUUAGUCACUUUGUGGGUACAAGGGACAUGAUGCUGGAUAAGACAAAUGUCUUUACAAAUCUUUUAGCCUGAAUAAUCAGAAAGAAUAAUCAUACAACUUAUGUGUUAUUAAGUGUAACAAAAAGAGAAUUAUAGUCUCUUUGGAAAAAUUUAAGGAGGAAAGGGAUAAAUUAGUCAGAGGUUGAGGGAAAGGCCACCAAAUGAAAUGAAAUUCAAGCUGAGACCAUAAAGAAUGUAGCAAGUUGGGAGCAGACAAAAGAGUAUUUUAGGCAGAGAGAAUAGCUUUUAUAAAGGGAAAAUUCACUGUGACUGUGCCCAAAAUUGACUACAGAGUUUUAUUUGCAAUGUUGAGGCCAGCUAAUCACACUAUGCAUCUCUUACCUAUUUUCAAAUCCAUAUUUCUCUUUAUUUCUAAACUAUCCUGACCUUACAACCUCUUGCACAGAACACUUUCUCUUCCUUGUCUUACCUUAACCAGCAUUCUCCCUCUAGGAAGAAGCAUGCUUAUUGUCUAAUAUGGUACUGCCCUUGAAUUUGGCCAAAAGGGGCUGGGCCUUGAACCCUGGCUUGAAAGCGCCCCAGUCUAGCCCUUUCCUUGAGAGCGCCCCAGUCUAGCCCUCCUCCAAUGGUGCCCAUCCUCAUAAGAUGAAGUCUAAGAGAAUGGAUCCAUCUGGAGCCUGCACUUCACUCUCCUCAGCCACCAACUAGGCACCUGGAACCCCUAAAUUUCCUACUUAAGAGCUGAAUCCAUUUCCAGGCCCCGAUUGGGUCUCAUCCUUGGGUUUCUCCUCCCAAGGUUGGACUGUGCCAUAAUCUGCAUCAAGAAUGACCAACAGAUGACCAUUUGCAGGCAUGGGCUUAGACUUGAGUGUUGAGGAGUCCAUAUACAUGAGUCCUGUGGUGCAGAGCUAAGGGUGAGAAGACAGAUUUGAAAGAUCUAUCUUAAGUGUGUUAAGAAUUUUAGAAGUGAAUGGAGGAGAGGCAAUGGUCACAAGGAUUAAAAAAAAAAAAAAAUCCAUAACAAGAAAUGUAAUGAAACUAUAGGCCACCAAAGAAGUAAUCUUAAAAGCAGCCAGGGAGAAUAGCCAAAUCAUCUUCAAAGGAAGGACAAUUAGACUGACAGCAUUAUAUUUGGGGUAGGCAGAAUAAUGUCUUCCCCUGAACCUGUGACUAUAUUACCUUACACAGUGCAAAAGGACUCUGCAGCUAUAAUUAAGGUUACACUUCAAAUGGAAAGGUUAUCUAGAAUUAUCUAGGUUGACCCAAUCUAAUCACUAAAAUGGUUAAAAGUAGAGAACAUUUCAUAGCUGAGUCAAAGAGAUGUCAGCAUGGGAAGGAUUUGAUGCCCUGUGUUGGUUCUGACAUGUAGGACACUCUGUAUAAGGACUAAAGAGAAGCUUCUCAGAGUAGCCCCAGCUGACAACCAGCAAGAAAACAGAGACCUCAGUCUACUGCAUGGAACUGAAUUCAGUCAACACCUGAAUUAACAAGAAAACAAGCUCAAGAACCUUCAGAAAGGAAUAAAAUCUGCCAACUGAUACCCUGAUUUUAGUUUAGUGAGAUCCAUGUCUGACUGCUGACCCACAGAACUGUAAAACAAUAAAUUUGUGCCCUUUUAAUCCAUUAAAGUUGUGGUAAUUUGUUAUGGCCAUAAUAGAAAACUAAUUUUCUUUUUUGUCUUUUUUGCUUUCUUCUUUUUUUAUUACUAAUAUAUUUUUCAAUAGUAACAAUGGAAGCCUGAAAAUAUUAGUAUAAUAUUUUCAAAGGGCUGAGAGAAAUUGUUAGUCUAGAAUUUUAUGAUUAGCUAAACUAUUAUUUUGCUUUAAUUUUUGAAUAAAGAUACUCUUGGAUCAUCAAAAACUGAGUUUUGGGUUUUUUUUUUUUU